UAUCAAAAUAUAGGACCAUCUUCAAUUCAUUCUAUAAACGGUAAGUUUUAUGAAGAAAAGCAAAGAAAAGUUGAUUCAAAUCCUAAUGUUCGUAACGAAGAUGUUAAUAUAAUGAAUCCCAAGGCAAGCAAUGCGCAAUUGCAACAUAAAUUAGCAAACAUUUUAAAUCCUGAACAACCAACAGAGUUUCAAGCCUUAUCUCGUACAAAUAAAAAUAAUAAUGAACAUAAAUUUAGUUUAAAUAAUAUACAAGAGCCUACACAUGAAAUUAUUAAUAAUUCUGACAAUAAAUUCGAUGAAUGGGACACUAAUGAUUCAGAUCUCUUAGUUAUAGAAAGAAAACUAAAAAAACCAUCGAAUACACAUUUUCACUCUGAAAAUGUAAUAACCAGUUAUGACAAAAACAAAACUAUCGAAACAAUUAAAAAAGAGCUAGUGUUUGAAUCUUUGCUUAUAAAAAAUAAUAACAAUAAUUUUAGUAUAAGUGAGGCUCCUACAAAUGUUAUGAAUCCGCUCUUGAGUCCGGGAAAUAAUGCCGGAGCAGUCAUCCACUCAGACAAUCCAUUUCUGCUACAGAUGGAAACACCUAAUCGAAGAUAUGCGACAAAUGCAAAUUCUGUACAAACAGAUCCUUUUCAAAUACAUAUACAGAAUGAAAAUAAUGUUGAAAGCCCUCAGUUAGAGCCCACUGAUUAUGGUUACUACCCAAACACUGAAAAUAGAGAUGUCACAGCACCAUUAAGACAAAAUAAUUAUGUUAUAGAUAAACAUGCUUGUGAAGACAAAGAAAUUAGUGACGAAAUACUGGACAAGAGCGGAUACGAAAUACAAUUACAAGAUCCGACAAAAGGAGUCGGUAUAUCAAAUGUAGGCAAAUCCCGUGUAAUGUUGAUGGAUCACCCAAGAGUUUGUUAUGCUUGUAGUAGCAUAAACGAUCCUUCCUGCUGGUCGCCAGAUCGAAGAACUGCUGUGAAGUAUUGCCGUACGGAUCACCGGUCUUGUGUGACGAAAUAUUAUAAAUAUAAAGGUCUGUCGUACAUAAUAAGAGACUGCGGCAACACCUGCCAACAGAACGCCGCAGCGGCGGGGCCCACCAAGUACACAACCUGCACCAUCUGUCACCACGACCUGUGCAACAGUGCCUACCGUCUUAACAUCCAAUACUUUACUAUGUUUCUGAUUUUCACAUUUCAUUUGUUAUUCUAUAUUAAACGCUGCUGUUAA